AUGCCCGAUGUUGUAAGUGGUCAAGGGCUACACAACUUCCAAAACUAUGGCCUGCGGUUAAGUGCACAGUCCUACUCUACCAAAAAAGAGGAUGAAGAAAGGGAGCAACUUGCAAAGGAAAUUUCAAAGGAUUGGAGUUCAGUGUUUGAGCGUAGCAUCAACACACUUUUUCUCACAGAAAUGGUUCGAGGUUUAAUGCUGACACUGAAAUACUUCUUUGAAACAAAAGUUACAAUUAACUAUCCUUUUGAGAAAGGCCCUUUGAGCCCCCGUUUCUGUGGUGAACAUGCACUCCGACGAUAUCCAACAGGGGAGGAACGUUGCAUUGCUUGCAAACUUUGUGAAGCUGUAAGUCUUUGAUUGUCUAUCCUAUAGUUUUGGUUUAACGAUCGUUGAGACCAUGCAUUCUACCCAGCAUAUGACUGUAUGACAGCA